AGCCCUGCAGCUCCCUCUAUGGAGGUGUAUGGCCGUUGGUGAAGGCUGUUUUGUAUUUACCCCCACAAUGCACCGCGCGCUCCGCGGGAAACCAAAAUGGCGAAGGUCUGUAACCGAACCGGGCCGUUUGCUGUACCCAUGUAAGCUGCGGGUUGUCACCUGGAGCCGGAGCGGAAGACUGACCGGAGACCACUCGGUUGUGCGCACUGGUGAUUUCGCUGUGGGGGCGCUCGGCGCCACUGAAGUGACCGAAUGAGAGACGCAACUGCUGCAAGCAAUUCAUUGGUCCUUAAAAGAUCCCCUUUCCAACAAAAUAAGAAGGCCUUGAAGUCCUUGACUAAAUCAUCUGUGCGGCAUGGACAGAAGACUAAGAGACGAGCUUGCAAAUUUGAGGAAGGUCAGGAUGUCUUAGCACGAUGGUCCGAUGGAUUGUUUUAUCUUGGAACUAUCGAAAGGAUAAAUAAAUUUCACCAGAGCUGUUUUAUAAUAUUCGAAGAUAGCUCCAAAUCUUGGGUGCUGUGGAAGGACAUUCAGACAGGAGCCUGUGAAAGUGGGGAAAUGGUUUGUACAAUAUGUCAGGAAGAAUAUUCUGAAGCACCAAAUGAAAUUGUUAUUUGCGACAAGUGUGGGCAAGGCUACCACCAACAGUGCCACACUCCUAAGAUUGACCCCAGCGUGAUUGAUACAGAUGAGAAAUGGCUGUGCCGGCAGUGUGUAUUUGCCACUACAACAAAGAGAGGAGGAGCACUAAAAAAAGGACCAAAUGCCAAAGCCCUGCAAGUCAUGAAGCAAACUUUGCCCUACAAUGUGGAAGACUUGGAGUGGGAUGUAGGUCACAAGACCAAUGUACAACAAUGCUACUGCUACUGUGGAGGCCCAGGAGAGUGGUACUUAAAGAUGCUACAGUGCUGCAAAUGCAAACAGUGGUUUCAUGAGGCCUGUGUGCAAUGCUUGCAGAAACCUAUGCUUUAUGGUGACAGGUUUUAUACGUUUAUUUGUUCAGUCUGCAAUACUGGACCAGAAUACCUCAAACGUCUAUCUUUACGAUGGGUAGACAUAGCACACCUCUGCCUAUACAAUCUAAGUGUUAUUCAUAAAAAGAAGUACUUUGAUUCAGAACUUGAACUCAUCACGUAUAUAAAUGAUAACUGGGAUCUAUUACAUCCUGGCGAGCUGGCAGACACACCCAAAUCAGAAAGAUAUGAACAUAUUCUGGAUGCAUUAAAUGAAAAUAAGACCAUGUUUAUGUCUGGAAAGGAAAUAAAGAAGAAAAAACACUUGUUUGGCCUAAGAAUUCGGGUUCCUCCUGUUCCUCCAAAUGCUGCUGUUAAACUUGAGAAGGAAGAAAGCACGUCCCAUGAGUUCAAGAUCAAGGGGAGAAAGUCAUCAAAACUGCUGCCUAUUGUGAAGAAAUCUCCCCCUACUCCUGGAAGAGGAGAGGAAAACAAUACUGAAGUUAAGAAACGGAAACCAGUGGGUCGUCCUCCAGGCUCGUAUAGAAGAAAGAUCUUACAGAAUGACACCUGUAAUAGCCCCUGUCCGAAAACGGAGAACGAUGUGAUAUUGAGGACUAACAGUUUUGAUUCAUCGGAUCAAAGAAAGAAAGCGGACAUCACCACCAUGUUUUCAUCUAGUAACUCUGAUUUAGAGUCCAAUGGAGCCGCCAGUUCCAAAGAAACUACCUCAGCGAGCCUUCCCAGUCCUCCAUCAGACAUGAGAAAGGUUACUCGCACUGGACGUUCCUGGUCGACCCCUGUACCACCACCCAGAAAGCGAGGCCGUCAUCCUCGAAAGGCUCUUCAAGCUCAUAACUCAGACAUUGGAAGGAACGAUGAAAGUAAAGAGGAUUCUCAGCUUACCGGACUUAACACCGAUAUCGUUAAAAAUGUAACAGAUCAUGACUUGCAGCUGCAUCACCUGAAGAAUUCCAUUACCAAUUACUUUGGGGCAGCUGGAAGAAUAGCAUGUGGCGAAAAAUACCGCAUUUUGGCUCGUCGAGUAACUCUUGACGGGAAGGUGCAGUAUCUUGUGGAGUGGGAUGGAGCCACUGCCUCCUGACCUCCGUUCUGGACAGCCUUCUUCUUUCUCCCCCCCUCCAGGGUUUCUUGAAGUGAUAUAUAACUUAUUAUUCACCCUUUUACUGCCAAAGUGCCUACAACACACAUGGUAGCAAAUGGGUGCUGGAACAGAGACAAAAAUGUAGGUUUAUUUUUAAUGCAUUUGACUGGUGAUAAUAGAGAACAUUGCUUUUAACCAAAUAUCUGCAACGGUGCACAUCUGCGAGAAUGGCGUGGUUUACAGUAUUCUUCUAAGGCAGGCAUUAAUGUUUUGUGUAUGUCAUGUGGGGGUUUGUGUCUAAGACAGAUUAGCCCUGUAGUAAAUGGGUUGAUACCUCUGUCUAGUACAUCAGGUGAAUUUGAAUCCGUUAUUUCCUGGAGGUGCAGAUUGUACUUUUAGGAUCCUUUUUGUCACAAUUACUUACUAGACAGGUCAGAGCUACGUACACACACUUAUGGAAGCAGUGACAUUCCCAAGUGACACUUAUUUAUUCUAAAUCAGGUCUCUGAAAAAAAUGAGGACUGCAGCACUCAAUAUACUGUGCAGUGAGCUGUGGUACAAGACGGAUCAAUAAAUGGACUAACCAUUUGCCAUUUAAGAAAAAAAAAAACUUUUUGGACUUGGCUUUGCUUCAGUCUCGGGUAUUUGUGAGUCUCCAGUGAUCCAUGCCAGGUGCAGCAGUGCAGAUCCUGUUUAUUCUUGAAUGGUUUGCAAUAUAAAAUGUGGAUAAACUAUUUCUACCUCUACUAAGAUUUGAAAUGUUAGGCAUCCAGACAGCACAUACAUAAUAAAA